AUGAAUAUUGCUGGCAACAUUCUGUUAUUAAGUUACUUUAGAAGACUGCUGAAGCAAUCUUGUGCACUCUAUUUAAACUCUGUUAUGGUAAUAAUGUACCAUAAGUAUGUUACAGUUAACAUUAAUGACAUGAAGCUCAUUCUUGGCAUCAGUACCAUGACUGAAUUGAACUAUUUUAGCCUGAUUAAUAUAUCUGAUUGCCCUGCCCCUGCUGCCCCUGCCCCUGCCACUAUUACCUGCCACCUGUGUUUUGUCCCUGCUCCACCAACUACUGCUACUGCUUCACCAUCACUGCUACUGCUCACCAUUAUCUUUCUGUCUUCCCCUGGUGCUGACAGGGUCUUCAUCUGUCAAAUAGCAGGUAUUAGAGCCCCUGUCUGGUUCACAAAGCUGGUUCUGGAGGAGCAGAAGAAGGAGGAGAAGGAGAAGAAGAAGAAGAAGAAGAAGAGAGAGAAGAAGAAGAAGAAGAAGAAGAAGAAAGAGAAAGAAAAUUAUAAUAAUAAUAAGAAUGAUGAUGAUGACAAGAACAAUAACAAUAAUAAUGAUGAUGAUAAACUUGUCAUUUAG